AUGGUUAGCGUGCCUGAGCUGGAAGAGUACGUGGCCAAGGUCCUGGGAUUCACAAAGUCCUCGGCCUUCAGCCUAUCCUCGUUCGUGGGAGGACUGGGAUUCGGAACCGGUCUGUCGCUGGUAUUCACAAAAACUGUGAGAACGGUGUUCAUAUUAACGUCAGGAGGACUGCUGCUAGUUAUGGUGCUUAACAGACACGGCUACUUGGAUGUCGAUUUUUCCAAGAUGAUAGAGUACGCUACCGCCAAGGUCGCGGAAUGGAUGGAAUCUGCCCUGAAGGCGAUGAAUCUGCAGACUGGGGACAAGCUGGGAUUCCUCAAGGCUCUGAACACCUCGUUCACGGACUCGCAGCUGUCCUCUGCGACCUUCGGCCUCUUGACUGGGUUCACAAUUGGAUUAGUACUCUUGUAG